CUGGCCACAUAAGGCAGUCUCCGCUGCUCCUUUACCCAGGCCACUUCCGGAAGAUCUGUUGGUGUUUUGGGUUUCAAGGAUGGCGUCGCAGCCUCCCCAGAAACCGUGGGAAAGGCGCAUUCCGGGAACCAUCCCAGCUCCCGCUAACUAUCGAUCUACAGAGUUUGGGUCUUCUGGGCUGUCGAGACCAGGCCCUCCGGUGUUGACCCGUGUUGCACCACCAGUUCCCCCACGACCAGUCCAGCAAUCGGGCAUAGGCAGCUUGUCAACAUACCGCCCUGCCUACAGCUCCUACUCAUCCUCGUACAGUCCUUAUGGGUCCUCUCUCUUCGGAGGCUACAGUCCGUAUGGUUAUGGGGGGUACGGGCUUGGGGGUGGGGUGGGCUACAACCGCUUCCACGUGGAGGAUGUCCCCCCAAGUCGCUUCGUUCAGCACGCGGAGGAGAGCAGCCGCGGAGCCUUCCAGUCCAUCGAGAGCAUCGUGCACGCCUUCUCGUCUGUCAGCAUGAUGCUAGACGCCACGUUCUCUGCCGUGUACAACAGCUUCCGUGCCGUUCUGGAUGUGGCCAACCACUUCUCACGCCUCAGGGUGCACUUCACAAAAGUGCUUUCGGCGUUUGCCCUCGUCCGCUCCCUGCGUUACCUCUACCGGAGGCUGCAAAGGAUGAUGGGCCUGAGGCGCAAUUCAGAGGUUGAGGAUCUGUGGACCGACAGUGCUGGGACAGCAGUUGCCGCUGUGGCAGCAGGAGGUGCAGCAGCAGACGAUCCCAUCACUGGCUCUGUCAAGUCAUGGCCCAUCUUCCUCUUUUUCGCUGUCAUCCUCGGCGGGCCCUAUCUUAUCUGGAAGCUUCUGAGGUCUGCUGAAGGAGAGGAGGAGAGAGCCACUAGCUGGGCCAACGGAGAUGACGACCAUGUGGUGGCCAGAGCAGAUUUUGACUUUGCUGCAGCAUCUGAGGAGGAGAUCUCAGUCCAGGCUGGGGAUAUGCUGAACCUGGCACCAAAGGAACAACAGCCACGUAUCCGGGGCUGGCUCCUGGGUAGCCUGGAUGGGCAGACCACAGGACUGGUCCCCGCCAACUACGUGAAGAUCCUUGGAAGGAGGAGAGGGAGGAGGCAGGCUGAGCAGGGCAGGGCGGAGGAGCAGCGGCGGCAGCAGCAAGCCUUCCAGAACCCUCCACCAGUACCAGCCCAAACAGCAGGGUCUAUGAAUACUGCUGUUACCCAUGGGGACCCUGAGGUGGUGUUUGAGUCUGUGUACAGGGAGAUGCCCGUCCUAUCAGACGAAGGGUCAUUUCAGUCAACUUCCACCUCUAACACUUCUGUAGUCACUGUACCUAAGAGGAUCGACCCAUGACACUCAUGUUUUUGGGGAGGGGGAGUGUUUCAAUAAGGCACAUAGAUGUAAACAGAGGCUGACUGCACAUAUGCUCUGAAAUUUUUCAUCCUCUCAGCAUCUUAUGGUUCUGGUCAUCUGCUACCUUGGUGACUGAAUUUAUACUGCAGUUUCAGUGUUCUAACAAAAACCUGGAAUGUACCACUUAGAGCUUGCAAGGGGGUUCUGAUCAAAAGCCCAAAAUGGUAAAAAUGUGCUCAUUCACGGGAAACUGAUAAAAACUGAAGUAGACGGAUCAUUUCACACCUAUCUGUUUGUUUUUGGUUAAUCUCGUUUUCAUCUGGGUGUUUACGUAAAAUUAUUUUUCUUUAAAUUACCUUUCACAAUUUGUCAGCUGAGAAUGGUCACAUUGUGAGUUAGGAAACAAGUAAAAAAAUCAUUUGUGGAAAUGACACGAUUUUGUAAUAGUCGAGGUCAUUGGCAUUAAAUGAACUUAAAAUAUAGAGUUAAUCGUUUGAAUUUAAUUAAGUUCAUUUAAGUCAAAGAAUGUCAGUAGACAGUGUGAACACGUACUUGUUUCUCAAAUUUCAUAGUUGGGUCUGACAUACAAAGCCAUAGCACGAGGAUUUUAAAGAGACUUAUUUUGACCAGUCCUUGCAUUAUGGUUACUAGAAAAGUGGUUAGAGAAGACGGAUGGUUUUUAAGUUAUUAGGUCAAAGGGUGGUACUGCGUGAAGUCUGUCGUGUUAGAAGAAUGUAUCAAUUAUGAUUUUUUUAAUGACGUGUAUAUGGUUCAAUACCAAAAUAUUUAAUGUGGGAGACGCAAGUUUUGUCGGUCUCUAAAACGGUCCAUUAUUUGAAUAAUAUUUUUUCUUCAUUAAAUUAACUAAACUGAUUGGGGUUUGUACAUAUAAUUUUCUUAUCUUUCCCAUGAUCCCAGUUGCUAUUAUAGUUUUGACAUUUAGUUUAUGAAACCACUCUUUUAUUUAAGUUAAAUUGGAUUUCCACAACCUUUAUGUAUUAAUAAUUUGCUGUUUUCUGGAUGUGCGUGAGUAUGUUCUGUAUCCUACAUCACAAUCAACCUUAGAAAUAUCCGUUUUACCAAUUGUAAAUUCAGAAAGACAUUUUUGGGUGAAGGUUAUGGCAAUAAAAUGUUAGAAAAA